CGGUGCAGCAUGUGCGUGUGAAUCUGAAAAAUAAACUUUGUAGGAUUGAAUUUUAGUCAACAUGGCAGUUCCCAAGAUGGAUUAUAAAAAGUUAUUUGAGCGGAUGAAGAAACCAAUUCGGGUGCCGACCGGCGUUGUACGAGGUCGUGUCCAAUUAGUGGAAUCCAGCUCUGACGAUGAUGGCGAUGAAGAAGUCGAAGAACCAAAACUUGGGACCAGUUACGCGAAGGCGUAUCAACAGAACGAAGCUCUCAUGUACGCAAAUAGCGCUUCCAGAGUCAAGACUGAAAGUUUGUCUUGCAUUGACAGCAUGCUAGACUUGAUUCCUGAGCAGGAUUUGGAAGAAUUGCAAAUGCUAAAGGAUAACAUCGUGAACAAGGUUUAUAAAGAUUACUGCUUCUCCAUCAAUGUUAGAAGAGAGAAGAUGGCAAUUGAACAAUAUAAGACUGAUAUUUUAAAUAUGCUUACUGCAACGCCGGUUAUGAUCAUUCAUGGACCUACCGGCUGUGGAAAGACAACACAAGUACCUCAGAUGAUACUGGAUAAUUGUCGCGAAAACAACACUCACUGCAACAUUGUCGUAACGCAACCCAGAAGGAUAGCAGCAGUCAGCGUUGCUGCGCGAGUAUGCCACGAGCGUGGAUGGAAAUUGGGAACAGUCUGUGGUUAUCAGAUCGGUUUAGAGAAAGAAACUAAUGCGGACACCAUUCUGACAUAUGUAACAACCGGAGUGCUGCUCAAUAAAAUCUCGUGCAAGCAGAAUCUAAUUGAUUACACUCACAUAAUCAUUGACGAAGUCCAUGAGCGAACUCAAGACAUGGACUUUCUGCUUUUGGUGAUUCGCAGAUUCAUGUAUUUAAACUCACCCAAUGUUAAAAUCAUCCUUAUGUCAGCUACAUUCGAUACGUCUAAAUUUGCACAGUACUUCCAGACACACACUUUAGACGCUGUGCUUCCAGCUCCAACUUUAUUCAUUACUAAGUCGAAUGUCCACCAGACUUCAAUGUUUUACGCGGAUCAACUAUCGCAGCUAAAGCCAUUGGCGGAAUAUACAUUCGACGAGCCUUGCGUAAAGCCAAUAUUGUACGAGCUCCUAGUCGAGUUGGUUGUAAUUUUUGACAAAUUGGAUAAGAAAAAUGCCGACACAGGCAACAUCGACAUCGGGCAUGUCUUGGUAUUCCUCCCUGGUAUUAUAGAGAUUGAAGAAGCUUAUAUGCACUUGCGAAGAGCCGAACAAAACGCAGAGAAUAAGCCGAAAACUGAAUGGUUAAUCCUGCCGUUACAUUCGUCGAUAACCAAUUGCGAGCAGUCUAGAGUAUUCACUCAGACGAAUAAUAACACCAGAAAAAUUAUUUUGACCACCAACAUUGCAGAGAGUUCCAUCACAGUUCCUGAUGUUGUUUAUGUAAUCGAUUUCUGUUUGACCAAAUCGAUGGUUGUGGAUCCAAGAACUCAUUAUCAAUCGCUGAAAUUGGAAUGGGCUUCUCACGUGAACUGCAUUCAACGAUCGGGACGUGUGGGUCGUGUACGAGAUGGCCGAGUAUAUAGAUUAGUCCCAAGGAAGUUCUUCGAGCAAUACAUGUCGACGGACAUUUACCCUGAGAUGCUUCGGGCUCCUCUGGACAAGGUGGUGCUAUGCGCUAAAACUUUGAAUAUCAACGAAACUCCUAAAUCCAUAUUGGGUUUAGCUAUAGAUCCACCGGAUUUACAGAACAUACAAUGCACCGUGCUGAAUCUGAAAGAAACAGGAGCUCUCCUCAUGAAAUGUCGCGGGGAAUUCGUUAAGGACGACGGAGAUCUAACAUUCUUGGGCACGAUUAUGCGUAAUCUACCCAUCGAUAUCAAAUUAUCGAAAAUGAUUUGUUUGGGCUUGAUUUACUGUUGUUACGAAGAUUGCAUAAUAAUCGCUGCCGGUUGUACUGUACCAACUAUAUUUGCAACGCCUUUCCAAGAACGUUUGAAAUCGUAUUCAAACCAUUUACUGUGGGCCGACGGUUCGUGCAGUGAUUUAAUUGCACUUCUGAAUCUUUACAAGGUUUGGAAAAGGAAAAGAAGAAUGGGAGCUUUCUUACAUAAAUCAUCUGAAGUUCAGUGGUGCAGACAGCACUUCGUCUCGCUGAAAGCUCUAAGAGAGUGGAAAUUGAUGAUAGAUGAAAUCACUAAAAGGUUGGAUAACAUGGGAUUAAGACCUCCGGCUGGUCCAACGGCUGUGAUCCAUUCGCAAGUGGAUCUUAUGUUAAUGCUAAAGUUGGUGAUUAGCGGAGCUUUUUACCCAAAUUAUUUCACACGUUCAAGCGAAAUGGGGCAAAUAGAUGAAAGGGAAGCGGUUAAAUCUCUGGACGGAUUGAAUCCCAUGAACACCGUUUACUUUAAUAAUAUGGAAGCCGAUCAACCGGGACCGCUGUAUACUGAAAGGAUAAGAGAAUUGCUGAAGGAUUGCUCGAGAAACAUAAAAAUUAUUUUUACGGCUUCCUCGAAAAUAUUUGUGUCGUUUUUGAAUCAGCAGUAUCCACGAUCCGUGACCGUGGAUGGCCAGCAAUUCUUUAUUACAAUGCCAGGAUUUAUAUCCGUUGACGUUUAUAAAGCGGUGAGAUUAAGGCAAUUGAAGCUGAUGCAUUCUAUACAGGUUAUGAACACGACUGAGGCCUGGCUGAAAGCUAAGGAAUUGGGUAUAGCGGAUACCACGGACUACGGUAUUAAUUAUAUUAAAAAUUUUGAAAAGAAAACAACUUCCAUUUUACCCAAUCUGUAUACAACUAGUAUGGAUAUCAAAGUUAUAUAUGUCAUCGAUGCGGCUCAUUUCUACGCUCACCCUGCAUCGAGUGAAAUAGACGAGAAUAUUAGCAAAUUGGACGAUUUGUUGAAUUCCCAAAACUUGUCAGAACUUUCUAAUAAUGCCAUUGUUGGUGGAAUUUAUGCGGCAGUUUUCGAAGAAGACAAGCGUUACUAUCGCUGUAAAAUUCUGGAUAUUAAGCCGUACCAAAAGAAUGAUUAUUUUGCUAAGAUAUUGUUCAUCGAUUUUGGCAAUACGAGCAACAUAAAUAUUAAAGAGUUACGACAAUUACCUGACAAGUAUACAAACGAUCUUCCAGCACAGGCUUUGGAAUGCGUCCUCUCCGAAAUCCAACCAUCUCUUGUACUUUGCCCUAGAGGAUUAUGGUCUUCUCUGGCUCUGAACACUUUCAAGGAAAUGAUUGCAGACGAUAUAUUACAAGCAAAAAUUUACUCGGUUGUGGACGAAGUCGUUUCCGUUAAACUAUACAAGGAUGGACAAUGCAUUAACGAUUUACUGAUUCAAAAGGGAUACGGUCUUCACGCUGAAGAAAGUUUUCUGUCUCGAUUAAACAAAGAAGACAGAGCAUACGCUCAAUUGCAAGGGAACAGGAUCAGAUUCGAGGAGUCAACGACGAACGAUUUGAAUGAGCACAGGUUCUUCUCAGUUCCGUUCAAAGUAGAACCACCUACUGCCAGCCAAUGCAGUCGAACUAUACACUUGAAAGGUCCAUAUUCCCCAUUGGAAAUGAAGAUUCAUUGCGUCGCAGAUGAAGUUAAGACUGUGAACGUUGACGGACAAUCUGUGAAUGCAGUUCUGUUAGAUAGUUCUCCUCAAGAUCCUAAAGAAAGGUUAUUAGUUGCGGGAUGUGUAUCUCAGAAUUCGUCAAAUUCGAAUUUAACUUUGAGACACACUACUUUAAUGCCGAACAUUCCUGGUUUGCCGGCGAUUCUCGCUUUGCUCUUCUGUCCGAGGAUGGUCAUGAAACCAACGAAAGAUGGUACUUCUUUUGCUUCUAUACUCUGCGGUUUGGGAGAAAGCGAAGGCAAAUCUUUAUUUGCGACACACGAUUUGUCCAUCACUUUGGAUACGGUUAUUGAUGAAUUCGAUUUGACACUGAUUAACGAGUUGCGCUUCUGGAUGAACACUUCAAUGAAAGCCAUGGAAUCCAUUUUUCACAAAAAUCCUGUUGAUAUUUUACUCGAGGACUGCCAACGCGAGGUCAAAGAGAGGAUUAACUUAUUAUUGGGUAGAGUGCGUAAAGGUCAAGAGAGAAAAUACAUUAAGCAUACAAAGUCAUGGACAAAGUUCCUGUUCAAAGGAGAUUUGCUAUCACCAGGCAAUGUUCUGAUGAAGAACGACAUAUGGCAGUUGCACACCAUCAUGACUUUAAUUACUUCUAAACAGGAUUUAUCUAAAAUGAGACGCCACGUUGAGGAUCUGCGAUAUGCUGCUCAAAAUGAUCAACCAGUAUCGGAGAUAACAUGCGAUAUAUGCAAAGUUACAGUUUACAGCAAACCCGAGCUGAUCCUGCAUUUGGUAGACGAUUUGCAUAGAAAUAAGGAGACUGCAAUUUUCAAAGAAGUCGCAUUAGAAUGUAAGCCUUAAUUUUUGUUUUAUUCAAACACAGUAUUUGUUCUCAGUUUACGUUUUUUAAGAAUGUUUAUUCGUUUCCUUUAGCUUAU